GCGGCUAUUGAACUCAACCCCACUACUCACUACAGCCGGUCCCACAUACCUAGCUCUCCCUCUCCACCACCCCUCAAUGAUAUCUAAUCAAAUGUCACUCCUACAAUCUUCUUCCCGGAUCUUCCGUCAUCAGAGAAGCUUCAAGUUCAUACCUAGACAUCAAUUUCUGAGAACGAUGGCGUCGGCUCCAGAGAAGUUUGAGUGGAUGGUAAUCAUUCCUGAUGUGCCGGGGAAGUUGGAGAAGAGGAUGGAGGUUAGACCAAAGCAUUUCGAGGGGCUGAAGACGGCAAUGGAGAAAGGGUUCUUUAAGACGGGCGGAGCACUGUUGGACGAGGUUCCAAAGGAGGGAGAGGGAUUGAAGAUCAGUGGUAGUACGGUGGUAGCAUGGGCAAGCUCGAAGGAAGAGGUUAUGGAGAUCUUGAAGGGGGAUAUCUAUGCCAAGGAAGGUGUAUGGGAUCUUGAGAAGGUCCAAAUCUGGCCAUUCAAGUGUGCUUUCAGAGAGAAGUUUCCUUGAGCAACUUCCAUGCAUGGAGGAAAUCUUAUUCUUGAUACUCGACAAAAAAACAAGCCGUUGAGUUUGACUCACGUCGUUUUUCCGAGCAUAGUUUCUUAAACCAGAUUUCACUCAUAACACAGAAAAAUGCUCUCAAAAAUUAU